AUGCGGUCUCCGAAGCCAGCUGGCCUGAUGGGCGUCGUUAUUCGUGUGGGCGUGGGUGAAGUCCAGGAUAUGAAAGACUUUGGCUCGAUAGCAAUCUGUACUCGGCAUUCGGACGGAGGUGAAUUGCAGAUGGCUGGAAAGAUUAGUAGGGAUUUCGGGACAUCGUACGUGACCGUCGAUGACAGAAUUUGUCGUUCCACCUGA